CUGGUUACACACACUAUCGAAUUUGUGUCGCCCAGUUUCUUACAAAAAAUGGCGUUGACUUGGGAAGAUAGGGAAGUGAAUUUCGAUAUCCCCUUCUUGGAAAUGAGACUGAGGCCGGGAGAGAAGAUCAUAGAUAAGCUGGACAACAUAGAAGAUACCAAAGGCAAUGCGGGUGACAGAGGUCGGCUGAUCGUGACGAACGUUAGGAUUUUAUGGCACUCGAUGACCAGCCCGAGGAUUAACCUAUCAAUCGGAUUUAACUGUGUGCUGUCGAUAAACACGAAGAUCGUCAACUCGAAACUCAGGGGUACUACGCAGGCGCUGGAUCUGCUCACUCUGUCUGGUGGCACGCGCUACGAGUUUAUUUUCACGAACCUAGUGCCGGGAAACGUCAGACACUUCACUUCGGUCAUGGGAGUGCACAAGGCUUUCGUAUCGUCCAAGCUGUACCGGGAGUUGAGGUUGAGAGGUGGAAUCAUUCACAACAAGCAACUAAAAAUGUUGCCUCUGGAGCAGAUCUUCUCCAACCAGCACGGGGUGUGGAACCUGUCGAGCGAUCAAGGGAGCCUCGGUACCUUCGUCGUGACCAACGUCAGAUUGGUCUGGUACGCUGACGUCAACGAGGCUUUCAACAUAUCGCUGCCUUAUCUUCAGAUAGAAAGCAUCCGCAUUAAGGAUUCAAAAUUCGGCAAAGCCCUGGUAAUUAAGAGCACAGAGAGGGGCGGCAACUUCGUCCUCGGCUUCAAGAUCGAUCCCGAGGACAGACUUAACGCCCUCUACAAGGAGUUGUCGUCCCUAUACUCGGUCUAUUCCAACAACCCGAUCUAUGGAGUGGAGUACAACUGGAGCGCGAAACGGGAGGAUCCGCCCGGCGACACGAAGAUCCUCGACGAUUUGGAAGUGGCGGAAGAUCCCAAAGGCGAAAUGACAAACACGCUAGCUGCGUACUUGGCGGACGGCCCCCACAAGAAGGACAGGCCGCUGGUCUACUCCAGCGAGCUGGGUCUCGCGGUCGAGGCCGUAAAGGAGGGGUUCACGCUGAGAAAGUUGUGGGAAGUGUUGCCCUCUUAAGGCUCAAAAAG